AAACAUUUUUUUUGUUUUUUUUUUUUCAAAAAAAAGUAAUACUCAAUGAGUACUUCUCAAGAAAACAAUAUUCAACCGCCUUACGAGAACUUGUCUUCUAUGACUUCUGCAACUAGUCAAUGUAAUAAUAAUAUUCAGCCAAUAAUUCCAACUUUCUUUUACAAUCCGCCAGGUUUUCUCGUAAAUUAUCAUAUUACUUGUGAAGAAGUACCAGUGUCCUUUGAACUUGUAUAUCAAUUAACAAAUGAUACCGAUGACAACGACCAAACUUAUAAUUUAUAUGUUCAGCCUAAAAGUUUUGCAUUUUAUCACAGUCAAAUUAAUACGAAAAAAAUUUAUCGAGUAAUUUGUGAAUUAGCUUCAUCCCAAUUUUUAAAUAAAAGAUUUUAUAAUAUUGACUACAACCAGCAGAGUAAUCAACAUCAACAACAAGAAAUUCCUCCACUACACUUUAAAUUCCACUUGAAGCAAUUUUUAACUAAUUACUUGGCACCUAAAGAAAUUUAUGAACAGAAUUUGCAUGAAAAUAUGAUACAAGACAAUAUGGAUGGUUCUCCUUCUUUUCGAAAUGCUAGUGGCGAUUAUACUCAAAAUUAUCAAUGAAGAUUUCGAGAAUAGUCCGGCAUUAUUCAACCUCAACAACGAUAAUAUACAACAAGGUAUCUAAGGUUUUCCAUUAGGAAUUUAGUAUUAUUUUUUUUUUUAGAAAAUGUAUUAGUUAA